UUACUCCUCCCCCAUUUCUCUCUCUCUCUCUCUCGAAAUUCAUGCCUCAGACAGACUACCACGACUGACCAGUUUCCUAAGCCCCUCUCCUCCCUACCUCUCUCCGCCGUCUUCCGGUGAACUUCUGCCGUGUUUCAGCUGAGUCUUGACUGGUGUCGGGUGACCCCUUUAAGGCUCCGGUGGAGACUGCUAAGUGCUUGCUUAUCAAAUGCUCUGCUUGUAGCUUCUCAUAGUUCUCAGAUCGAGACCUUCUCUCAAGUCUUUUCUUCGUGUUACCUCUUUCUAGUUUUGGAAGCUUUUUUUGCUGCUCUUUGAAAAACAACGUUGCUUUUUAAGAGUUUCUCCGGCUUGUUUCAGAGAUAUACCUUCUAAUUAAAGAAAAAAAAUCUAAUCACUUUCAUAUAGGUUUCUUUUGAUGGGUGGGGUGGGUUUGGUCGAUGUUGGAAGGUCUGUACACUCUCUCAUUUGGUAAUGCAACUGGGUUUUAGUGUUUUCGUUUGAAAGUAUCCGCCCUGGCUCUCGUCACGGCUUCAAAUCUAGCCGUUACUCAAUUUUCCCUUGUUUUAUUUUCUGGGAAUUCCGUCUGCAGUUUCAUUUUUGCUUGUUUUUAAGCUGAAAGUUGGCCAUUUUGAUUUCUGUUUUCUUCUGGGUCUGUUGCAUUUUUCCUUUGAAGUAACGAUGGGUUUGUAAAUUUGUCUCAUCUUGGACCUCUGUUUGAGAAACUGGAAAAUGCUGGUAAUGUUGAGCAUGAGAAACCUGCUUACUUUACUGGGGCUGCUGUUAUUAGCUCCACUUCUGGUGAGAUCUUUGAACCCGUCUUUAAACGACGACGUUCUGGGCCUAAUCGUGUUCAAGGCAGACAUUCAAGAUCCAAAGCAACAGCUCGCAUCUUGGAACGAAGACGACGAUAGUCCUUGUGGCUGGUACGGUAUCAAAUGCAACCCGAGAUCCAACCGCGUCACGGAGCUCACUCUCGACGGAUUGUCUCUCUCGGGUCGGAUCGGCCGUGGCCUCUUGCAGCUCCAGUUCCUUCGUAAGCUCUCUCUUUCUAAGAACAACCUUACUGGUAAUGUGAGCCCGAUACUGCUCAGGCUUGAAAACCUUAGAAUCAUCGACUUGAGCGAGAAUGGUCUUUCGGGCCCCAUCCCUGAAGAUUUCUUUCAACAAUGUGGGUCCUUAAGAGCAAUUUCUUUGGCAAACAACAAGUUUUCUGGCAAGAUUCCUGGUAGUUUGACCUCAUGUUCGUCUCUUGCUAUUUUUAAUGUAUCUUCCAAUCAGUUUUCGGGUUCUCUUCCAUCUGGGAUUUGGUCUUUGAAUAUUCUUAGAUCUCUUGACUUGUCUAGUAAUUUGUUAGAAGGAGAGAUUCCUAAAGGGAUUGAUAGUAUGAAUAAUUUGCGCGUGAUUAACUUGAGUAAGAACAGAUUAUCUGGGUCUGUUCCUGCUGGAAUUGGAAGCUGUUUGUUGUUAAAAUAUAUUGAUCUUAGCGAUAAUGCGCUAUCUGGGUUCCUACCAGAGUCAAUGCAGAAGCUUAGUUCGUGUAAUCAUCUGAACUUGCGGAAGAACUCGCUUGAAGGUGAGGUCCCUAACUGGCUUGGAGAACUGAGGAACCUGGAGAAUUUGGAUCUUUCUUCAAAUAAGUUUUCCGGUCUGGUUCCCCAUUCUAUUGGUAACCUUCAGUCACUGAAGAUGAUGAAUUUUUCUGCAAAUGGUGUUACUGGAAACUUGCCUGAAUCUUUGGUCAAUUGCACCAACCUUUUGGCCUUAGAUUUUAGCCAAAAUUCCAUGACUGGUGAUCUUCCGGGAUGGCUUUUUCAAUCGAAUUUGCAACAUGUUUCACUUUCCAGGACUAACACUGGAAUAAUGGAUAGUCCCUUUUCUUCGUCAGUUGGGAAUUCCAUUCAGAAGCUUCAGGUCUUGGAUUUAUCACACAAUUCAUUAUCUGGUGAGCUUAGAAUUGGUAUCAGAGUUUUGGGUGACUUGCAGGUCUUGAAUCUGUCUAGGAACUCUCUUGUUGGUAAUAUUCCAGCUUCUAUUGGAGAGUUCAAGGACUUGACUGUUCUUGAUUUGAGUUGCAAUAAGCUCAACGGAAGCAUUCCUCUUGAAAUUGGAGGAUCUAUUUCUUUGAAAGAAUUGAGGCUGGAGGGCAACUUCCUAGAUGGGAAAAUUCCUACUUCAAUUGGAAACUGUUCUUCACUUCAAGCUUUGAUCCUGGCACAGAACAAGCUGGAUGGCCCUGUACCUGUAGAGAUGGCAAAACUAACAAACCUACAAGAUGUAGACUUGUCAUUUAACAACCUCACUGGAACGCUACCCAAGCAGUUAGCCAAUCUUGCACACCUCUACAACUUCAACAUAUCCCACAACCAUUUGCAAGGUGAACUACCUGCUGGGUUUUUUAACACCAUUUCACCCUAUUCUGUCUCUGGUAAUCCAUCCCUAUGUGGUUCGGCUGCCAAUAAGUCUUGUCCAGCAGUUCUUCCUAAGCCCAUCGUCCUCAAUCCCAACUCAACUUCAGAAGCAAGUUCUGGGGUAAUAGCUCCCAAUUUGAGUCACAAAAGAAUAAUCCUCAGCAUAUCUUCCCUCAUUGCUAUAGGUGCAGCUGCUGUCAUUGUUAUUGGGGUGAUUGCAAUCACUGUCCUCAAUCUUCGUGUUCGGGCAUCAGCAUCUCGAUCCGCUGCAGCUCUUGCCUUAUCUGCUGGGGAUGACUUCAGCCGAUCCCCAACUACAGAUGCCAACUCUGGAAAACUUGUUAUGUUUUCUGGUGAACCCGACUUCAGCACAGGAGCACAUGCUUUGCUCAACAAGGAUUGUGAGCUUGGACGUGGUGGCUUCGGAGCAGUUUAUCGGACGGUUCUUCGAGAUGGGCAACCAGUUGCUAUCAAGAAGCUCACAGUCUCAAGUCUUGUCAAGUCCCAAGAAGAUUUUGAAAGGGAAGUGAAGAAACUAGGAAAAGUCAGGCACCCUAAUCUUGUGGCGCUCGAAGGAUAUUACUGGACUCCAUCAUUGCAGCUUCUAAUUUCUGAGUUUGUUUCUGGUGGAAGUUUGUAUAAGCAUCUACACGAAGGCUCAGGGGCAAACUUCCUUUCAUGGAAUGAAAGAUUCAAUAUAAUUCUUGGGACAGCAAGAAGCCUAGCUCAUUUGCACCAGUCAAACAUCAUUCACUACAACAUAAAAUCGAGCAACGUUUUGAUUGACAGUUCAGGGGAGCCAAAAGUGGGAGAUUAUGGCCUAGCAAGGUUGUUGCCAAUGCUGGACAGAUAUGUUUUAAGCAGCAAGAUCCAGAGUGCACUUGGCUACAUGGCACCUGAGUUUGCCUGCAGAACAAUAAAGAUAACUGAGAAAUGUGAUGUUUACGGGUUUGGUGUGUUAGUUCUUGAGGUUGUUACUGGAAAGAGGCCUGUUGAAUACAUGGAAGAUGAUGUCGUGGUGCUUUGUGACAUGGUUAGAGGAGCACUGGAAGAAGGUAAAGUGGAGGAAUGUGUGGAUGGUAGGCUACAGGGGAAGUUCCCAGUUGAGGAGGCAGUUCCAGUGAUGAAACUUGGUUUGAUCUGCACUUCCCAAGUACCAUCAAAUCGGCCAGACAUGGGAGAAGUAGUUAAAAUAUUGGAGCUAAUUAGAUGCCCUUUAGACAGCCCAGAGGAGCUGGUAUAAACUUAACUAAUAUAUUGAACAACUGAGAGAGAGUAUUUACAAUGAAUUGUCCGGCGAAGAGGAAUCCGGUUUGUUCAUUUUAGUAGAGAAGAAGAUUUGAUUGUUGGAAAAAGAUUUCCCCUUGUUUUGUUGUAUUGUUUAUCCACUUUUCAGUUUUAAGUUGUAGCUUCUUCUCUGUCAUAGCUAAGAUACCGGAUUCCUUUUCACCGGGUUCCAAUUUGGGACCCUUUUGGAUAUUAUUACCCAAUUACCAAGCUUAUCUCUUGAUGCA